UCACCAGGUUAUAGCGGUUGUUAUUGUUGAGGAUGGCUCGAGCUGGGAUUAUAUUCUUGAUUCUCUAUGAAAUAUGUUCUGCUGAAACUGUAGGAAAUACAGAACCGUCGAUUGUCUCAGUUGAAGUUGGAGAAUCGGUUACUCUAAACUGCACAUCUGCACUUAUAGAUAAGUCUAAAACUGCAUACUGGUUUAAGCACAGACUGGAGCACAAACCACAGGAAGUGGGAUAUAAGCUCGGUGAAAAGAACGCUUCACUUCUAAAUCCGUUUAAUGGCUCAAAAUCAGGAUUUCAGUUGAAGGAAGUUGGCAGUUGGGUUUCUCUCAGUAUUAAACAGGUUCAGAAACAAGAUGAAGGAAUGUACUUCUGUGGAUCGAUUAGCGAGAAUUCUGUGAACUUUUCUACUGGAACUUUCUUAGCUGUGUCAGAUCCUUCAGACAUCUCAGUUCUCCAAACUCCAGCACUGCAGUCGGUUCCUCCAGGAGAAGCAGUGAAUCUUCAGUGUACGGUUCUCUCUGAGAUCAGAUCAGCAGAACUGAGAGUGUUCUGGUUCAGAUCUGCUGCAGGAUCAUCCUUUCCUGAAAUCAUCUUCACUCAUCACAACAGCAGCAGCAGCAGCAGCAGCAGCCGUCAGUGUGAGAUCAGCUCUUCUAAACACAGCAGUGUGUACAACUUCUCCCCCAACAUCCCCAACAACCACCAUGCUGCAACUUACUACUGCGCUGUGGAGACCUGUGGGAGGAUCAUCAUCGGGAACGGGACAACUGUGGACUUACAUGAUCAGAGAUCUGCGCUGGUUGUUAUCUUGGCUCUGGCUCUGGGUUUGAGCUUUUUCUGCAAUGUCAUUCAGGCCUGCUGGAGCUGGAGGAGAGGGAUCUGCAGUGGUGAAACAUCUCCUUCUGUCCUCCACAAUCUCCCAGAGAUUCUACAAAGCCAGGAUGAUGAUGAUGAUGAUAAAGAGUUUGACUUCGCUGCUUUCUCUGAUAAGAUGAGGAGAAGAGUGCUGAAGGAGAAUGUUUUCACCAAAGUCAGAUUUACCCCAUUUACUUAUGAUAAACUAACUCAGUGAAGCCAUUUACACAACAAAAAUCUGCUCUUUAUGAAUGACUGUUCACACGUUAACUGUUUGAAGCUGAGCUGCAUGUUUGUUGUUUCUGAUUGUAUUUUUUAUCAUUAUGACCAAUACGUAAUUUUAUUUAAGUUUCUAAUUAAAGAUUGUUUUUUGUUGUUUAUUUCUUUUUUUCUUUCUGUUCUUAGAAUUGUGCUUUAAUAUCAUAUAUUUUUUCUUUUAUGUCUUUCAUAAGUAUUUCUGUAACUAAUAAAUCAUGC